GAGCUGAAAAACUUCAAGUGAUGAAGAGUAAGCAAAAAGAAUCUUGAAAUCCGGAAAUGUCGGACGAAGAACAUCAUUUUGAAUCCAAGGCCGACGCCGGCGCCUCUAAAACCUACCCUCAACAGGCCGGAACCAUUCGUAAGAACGGCUACCUCGUCAUCAAAGGCCGCCCCUGCAAGGUUGUCGAAGUUUCGACCUCCAAGACCGGGAAGCACGGUCAUGCUAAAUGUCAUUUUGUUGCAAUUGACAUAUUCAAUUCCAAGAAGCUGGAAGAUAUCGUUCCGUCUUCUCACAACUGCGAUGUUCCACACGUCAAUCGUACUGACUACCAGUUGAUCGACAUUUCUGAGGAUGGAUUUGUGAGUUUGCUGACUGACAGUGGAGACACUAAGGACGAUCUGAGGCUUCCAACUGAUGAAAACUUGUUGAAACAGAUCAAGGAUGGUUUUGCCGAGGGGAAAGACCUGGUUGUGUCUGUUAUGUCUGCAAUGGGGGAAGAGCAGAUCUGUGCUCUGAAGGACAUUGGUCCGAAGUAGUUUCGGAUUCAUUUAUUUACAAAUCCUUAAAUGGUAGUCUAUAUCCCUGCUGCUUUUAUGUUUUUUUUAGUAUUGGUAGAAAACAAAAAGGACAAACAAUAUUAAUAGUUCCUUGUCGUGCUAUGGAUACUCUGUUUCUU